AUGGCGCAGGCUCAGAGUGCGCCGUCCUCCAGCGCCCUGCCUGCCAUCGCCUGCGGCGGCGCGGUGGCUGCUGCUGCUGCUGUCGCUGCCCAGCGGACAGGCCGCCAGUCACGCACUUCGAGCCUGCCUACCAGCGUGGUCCCAGUCAAGGACAGCCGCGUCACUCGCCGUGCCCUUGACCAGUCCAGCCGCUACGCAGAUCUCUCCCUAGAUGAGGCAACCCUGAUCAAGAAUGGCAAGCACGUGCUGGUGGCCUACAUCAUGAAGCCCAAGGCCGGCUACGACUACCUGGCCACUGCCGCGCACUUUGCCGCGGAGUCCUCCACGGGCACCAACGUGAACGUGUGCACCACCGAUGACUUCACGAAGUCGGUGGAUGCCCUGGUGUACUACAUUGACCCGGACAAUGAGGAGAUGAAGAUUGCCUACCCGAACCUGCUGUUCGAUCGCAACAUCACCGAUGGCCGCGGCAUGAUGUGCUCCUUCCUGACCCUGGCCAUCGGCAACAACCAAGGCAUGGGAGACGUGGAGUACGGCAAGAUCUACGACUUCUACCUGCCUCCUGCGUUCCUGAGGCUGUAUGAUGGACCGUCCGUGAACGUGCAGGACAUGUGGCGCAUCCUGGGCCGUGGCACGACCAACGGCGGCCUGGUGGUGGGUACCAUCAUCAAGCCCAAGCUAGGCCUGCAGCCGAAGCCGUUCGGUGAGGCGUGCUACUCCUUUUGGCAGGGCGGUGACUUCAUCAAGAACGACGAGCCGCAGGGCAACCAGGUGUUCUGCCAGAUGAACGAGUGCAUUCCUGAGGUUGUGAAGGCCAUGAGGGCGGCCAUCAAGGAGACCGGCAGCUUCAAGCUCUUCUCUGCCAACAUCACUGCGGAUGACCCGAACGAGAUGAUUGCCCGAGGCAAGUACAUCCUGUCUCAGUUCGGUCCUUUGUCUGAGAACUGCGCCUUCCUGGUGGACGGCUACGUUGCGGGCGGCACUGCGGUGACCUGCUGCAGGCGCAACUUCCCCAAGCAGUUCCUGCACUACCACCGUGCCGGCCACGGCUCAGUGACUAGCCCCCAGACCCAGCGAGGCUACACUGCCUUCGUGCACACCAAGAUCUCGCGAGUCAUCGGCGCGUCCGGCAUCCACGUGGGCACCAUGAGCUUUGGCAAGAUGGAGGGCGAUGCGUCGGACAAGAACAUUGCCUUCAUGCUGCAGGACGACGAGGCAGAUGGGCCUUACUACCGCCAGGAGUGGCAGGGCAUGAAGCAGACCACGCCCAUCAUCUCGGGCGGCAUGAACGCGCUGCGAUUGCCGGCGUUCUUCGAGAAUCUGAGCCACUCCAACGUGAUCCUGACCGCAGGCGGUGGCGCCUUCGGCCACAAGGACGGCCCCAAGAUUGGUGCCAUCUCUUGCCGUCAGGGUGAGGAUGCCUGGAAGGCAUGGAAGUCGGGCCAGUAUGGCAACAUCAGCCUGAGCGAUGGUGUGAUUGAGUUCGCCAAGACCCACGAGGAGAUCAAGGGGGCCUUCCUGACCUUCCAGAAGGAUGCCGACCAGAUCUAUCCUGGUUGGAAGGAGAAGCUGGGCUACACUGGUGAGUCGUCCGUGCAGGCGGCAAGCUUCGACUGGGCCAAGCGUGCGUCGGCGGCGGCCUUUGUGGGUGCCAGCGUGGCCCCUGCUAAGAAGGAGAGCUCGGUGACCCGCCAGGCUUUGGACCAGUCUAGCCGCUAUGCUGAUUUGUCCCUGGAUGAGGCAACUCUCAUAAAGAACGGCAAGCACGUGCUGGUGGCCUACAUCAUGAAGCCCAAGGCGGGCUACGACUACCUGGCCACGGCAGCACACUUUGCCGCGGAGUCUUCCACGGGCACCAAUGUGAACGUGUGCACCACCGAUGACUUCACGAAGUCGGUGGAUGCCCUGGUGUACUACAUUGACCCGGACAACGAGGAGAUGAAGAUUGCGUACCCGAACCUGCUGUUCGACCGCAACAUCACCGACGGCCGUGGCAUGAUGUGCUCCUUCCUGACCCUGGCCAUCGGCAACAAUCAGGGCAUGGGUGACGUGGAGUACGGUAAGAUCUACGACUUCUACCUGCCUCCUGCGUUCCUGCGGCUGUACGACGGACCGUCCGUGAACGUGCAGGACAUGUGGCGCAUCCUGGGCCGUGGCACGACCAACGGCGGCCUGGUGGUGGGUACCAUCAUCAAGCCCAAGCUAGGCCUGCAGCCGAAGCCGUUCGGUGAGGCGUGCUACUCCUUUUGGCAGGGCGGUGACUUCAUCAAGAACGACGAGCCGCAGGGCAACCAGGUGUUCUGCCAGAUGAACGAGUGCAUCCCUGAGGUUGUGAAGGCCAUGAGGGCGGCCAUCAAGGAGACCGGCAGCUUCAAGCUCUUCUCCGCCAACAUCACUGCGGAUGACCCGAACGAGAUGAUUGCCCGAGGCAAGUACAUCCUGUCUCAGUUCGGUCCUUUGUCCGAGAACUGCGCCUUCCUGGUGGAUGGCUACGUUGCGGGCGGCACUGCGGUGACCUGCUGCAGGCGCAACUUCCCCAAGCAGUUCCUGCACUACCACCGUGCCGGCCACGGCUCAGUGACCAGCCCCCAGACCCAGCGAGGCUACACUGCCUUCGUGCACACCAAGAUCUCGCGAGUCAUCGGCGCGUCCGGCAUCCACGUGGGCACCAUGAGCUUCGGCAAGAUGGAGGGCGAUGCGUCGGACAAGAACAUUGCCUUCAUGCUGCAAGACGAUGAGGCAGAUGGGCCUUACUACCGCCAGGAGUGGCAGGGCAUGAAGCAGACCACGCCCAUCAUCUCGGGCGGCAUGAACGCGCUGCGACUGCCGGCGUUCUUCGAGAAUCUGAGCCACUCCAACGUGAUCCUGACCGCAGGCGGGGGCGCCUUCGGCCACAAGGACGGCCCCAAGAUUGGUGCCAUCUCUUGCCGUCAGGGUGAGGAUGCCUGGAAGGCAUGGAAGUCGGGCCAGUUCGGGAACAUCAGCCUGAGCGACGGCGUGAUUGAGUUCGCCAAGACCCACGAGGAGAUCAAGGGCGCGUUCCUGACCUUCCAGAAGGAUGCCGACCAGAUCUACCCUGGCUGGAAGGAGAAGCUGGGCUACACUGGGGAGUCCUCUGUGCAGGCGGCAAGCUUCGACUGGGCCAAGAGGGCAUAG